AUGGCAAGUAUGUUGGCACACAUUUUUACCUUAGCUGGUCUUCUAUGGUUUACCGCCAAUGCCCAGGUGUGUUUACGUGCAGCGCUGCAGCUGAACAUUGUGCUGGAUGGUCAAGUGUACCAGGAAAAGGCCUUCGAUGACCUAUGCAGCGUUGUGGACGCAGCGGACUCCGCCAUCGUCAAAAGCAGCCUUCCCUUCAGCUCCAUCUCGAUGGUCCCAGACCACUGGGCGAUCUACAUAGACGGCGUGUCGUUGCCUGUGGCGGACUGCGAGCAGAAUGACGUGCUGUUCCAGCAACUGGGCGUGAAUGACGGCGCAUACGUAUACCUGUUCAGGAACGAGACCGCGUACAACGACCCGUUGUAUGCCGCCGAGUACUUGAAGAGGUUCACCAAGCAGUUCGGCGACCGCAUAAGACCCGUGGUCAAGCGGGAAACUUCGUCUAAGAAAAGCACCAAGCCUCAGAACAAGAACAAAAAGAAGAAAUCCGGGAAGAUGCCCAUGGACAAUCUGUCUGGGCUCAUCGGACUUCUGGCAAACGCGGUCAUGACCGGCGACGUUAUGAGAGCCCUGGGGCAAUCCGUGGGCGCGCGUAAUGUCGCCAACCGUGAGGAGGGUGACCAGGGUCAUGAGAAGGGCGCCAUAAACAACAUGGACGUGAUAUCGGUACGUGUGUUAGCACUUGCUUUCAGCUCCUCGGCUAACAGCAACGGCCAGAAGCGGGCGCGUGACGAGUCGGCUGACGAGCUUUAA